AUGCGUCCGCUCACCGACGAGGAGACCAAGACGCUCUUCACAAAGCUCUCGCACUACAUCGGCGCCAACAUCGUGCACCUCGUCGACCGCGACGAUGCGCCGCACGUCUUCCGCCUGCACCGCGACCGCGUCUAUUACGCCUCCGAGGAGAGCAUGCGUCUCGCCGUCUCCGUCGCGCGGCCAAAUCUCGUCUCGCUGGGCACGUGCUUCGGCAAGUUCUCCAAGACGGGCAAGUUCCGCCUGCACAUCACCGCGCUCGACUACCUCGUGCAGUACGCCAAGCACAAGGUCUGGAUCAAGCCCAACGGCGAGCUGCCGUUCCUCUACGGCAACCACGUCGUCAAGGCGCACCUCGGCCGCAUCUCCGACGACACGCCCGAGCAUGCGGGCGUCGUGGUGCUGAGCAUGAGCGGCACGGGGCUGGGCUUCGGCGUGACGGCGCGCUCCACGCUCGACACGCGCAAGAUGGACCCGACCAGCAUCAUCGUCUUCCACCAGGCGGAUACGGGCGAGUUCAUCCGCGACGAGGACACGCUCUUCUAG